AUGGCUGUCUACUAUAAGUUCAAGAGUGCCAGAGACUAUGACUCGAUCCCUAUCGAGGGGCAGUUCAUCUCGGUUCUCAACCUCAAGGAGAUGAUUUUUGAGUCCAAGCACCUUGGCAGAGGCACUGAUUUCGACCUCAUGAUCUCGAAUGCCCAGACUGAUGAAGAGUAUGCUGAUGAAUCUAUCAUGAUACCAAAGAACACUUCAGUGUUGAUUCGCCGGAUACCAGGACGCCCAAGGAUGCCAAUCGUUACUGAACCACAAGAGGCAAUAGCUGCAGAAAGUAGGGUAGAAGAAAUCGUGCCUUCUGGCAGCGCUUUUCUUGGUGAUUCAUCUAUGAAAUAUCCUGAAGAAUCUGAGUGGGAUGAUGAGUUCGGCAACUCUUUAUAUGUUUCUGAUUCAGUUCCUUCUCAGCCUGCUAGCCAGGCAAUUGACGCUUCUUCUGAAAAUCAAAUUGACGAAGAUAGUAAGAUAAAAGCCCUUAUUGAUACAGUGGCCGUUGACUAUAGCCAAAUUCCUGAUGGCUAUGGAUCCGGAAGAGGUUAUGGCAGAGGAAUGGGUGGGAGAAUGAUGGCUGGGCGUGGUUUUGGACGUGGGAUGGGUCGGCUAGAUAACAGGUCACCUCCUCCUGGCUAUAUUUGUCAUAGAUGUAAAGUACCAGGUCAUUUCAUUCAACAUUGCCCAACAAAUGGUGAUACUAGAUAUGACGUUAGAAGGAUGAAACCUCCAACUGGCAUCCCAAAAUCCAUGUUAAUGGCAACUCGAGAUGGCUCAUAUGCACUGCCAAGUGGGGCUGGUGCUGUUUUGAAGCCAAAUGAAGCUGCUUUUGAGAGGGAGAUAGAGGGCCUACCCACCACCCGAUCUCUCAGUGAUCUCCCGCCAGAGUUGCGUUGCCCGUUAUGUAAAGAAGUAAUGAAGGAUGCCGUUCUAACUAGUAAAUGCUGCUUUAAGAGUUUCUGUGAUAAAUGCAUUAGGGACUACAUAAUUAGCAAGUCAAUGUGUGUCUGUGGUGCCACAAGCAUAUUAGCAGACGAUCUUCUCCCCAAUAAAACUCUAAGAGAAACCAUCAGUCGCAUAUUAGAGGCACCACCAACUAGCAGUACAGAAAACGCGGGAAGCAUGGUGCAAAUACAGGACAUGGAGUCGGCUCUACCUGUACCACCCAAGGUUAGGUCUCCUGCUGUUUCUGCUGCUUCAAAAGAAGAACCUAAAGCACUGAUGCCAGUAGAGGAAUCACCAGACGCUGAGAGCCAGAGCGGAUUGAAAGCUAACAUUGAUGUGAGUUCUUCAGAUAAUAAGGUUACCACAAUUCCAGAUAUCACUGAAGCGACAAUGGACUCUAAGAACAGCAAAAAGGAAAAAACACCAGAAAUGAUUCAUGUCGCAAAAGAGUCACAGGAAAAAUUGCCUGCAGGCGAACAAGCAGUAAAGAAGAAAAAGAAGAAGAAGGUGCGAGCACCAGGGAAUGCCGAGGAGCAAUGGAAUAAUAAUUAUCAAGAUUUUGGACCUGAAAAUUUUGCUGGAAUGCCUUUGGGCCCGCAAGGAGGUUUUAACCCUUACUGGGGAGGAGGGAUGCCAUUGCCAAUAGAUUACAUGGGUGCACCAUUUCCAGGUCCCAUGCCUUACAUGGGCUAUCCUCCACCAGGUCCAUUUGAUCCUUUUGGUGGGGGAGUUCUUCCACAAGAUCCAUUUAUGCCCCCGGCAUACAUGAUGCCAACAGUUCCUAGGGACCUUUCUGAAUUAGCUGUUAACAGUAUGGGAAUGAACAUGGGGCCACCAGUUGUGAGAAGAGACGAAUUUCAGCUCAGGAAACCAGAUGGGAGGAGACAUGAAAUGGAUCGAUUAAACGGAAGGGACCGGGACCGGGAUCGGGAUCGGGAGCAUGAACAUUCCCGCGAGAGGGAAAGGGAGCGGGAGAGGGAGAGGCAGAGGGAGCGAGACCGUGAUGGUGAUCGAGAUCGAGACAGAGACCGGGGCAGGGAGUAUCGAAGGGAAGCAAGGGAAUCAUCAGGAGCCGUAAACGAUAGUACAUCGAUGAGACCUAAGGAUAGGUCGAGGCCCCAGGCGGACAGGUCGGAGCGCGCACUGCCGCCGCCGCCACACAGCCCCGACCGGCACUCGCGUCGCUCCCCGCACCGCUCCUCCAGCUCCGGCAAGAAGCGCUCCUCGUCCGACCACUACGACGACCUGCCCCUCCCGCCUCCGCCGCCACCGGCGUCGCGACACGAGGCAGAGCACGCGAAGGCGGCGGCUGCUGCUGCAGCAGACCAGCGGUCCAAGGCCAAGGCCAGCGUCUUCUCCCGCAUCAGCUUCCCCGGCGAGGCCAAUACCUCCGACCCCAAGCGCAGCCGCAGGUCGUCCUCCGACAAGCGCCCUGCAUCCUCGUCGUCUUCAUCCAAGAGAAGCGUCGCUGCCGCCGCAGCUGCCGAGGAGAGCGACAGCCGUCACCACCAUCAGGAGACGGUCUUGGCGGCGGAGGAGGAGAGGCGGAGACCCGCGCCUACGGAGUACGACGACGAGGAGCAGUCGAGCGAGGAGGAGAAGCAUUUCAAGAGGAGGCCGUCGUCCUCCAGGCGGGAGGGGGAGCGCUCGCGGCAGCACGAGGAGCCGCGGCACUCGCGGCGGUCUAGGGAGCGCGGGGACGGCCACCACCACAACCACAGCCACAGCGGUGGCGCACACAAGCGCCGGUGA